ACUUCCAUGGGCCGCAAGAAAACGUAAACAAAACAAUAUUUAUGCAAAAAUUCGCAUUUCUAAAGAAAAUCCAAACAAAAACCCGGCAUGAGCUGUAACUAUGCGGAAGGACUAUCAGCCUACGACGACAAGGGAGUCCUGGGAGCUCCCGAAACCUUCGACAGCGACGAUGUGGUGACCGAAAAAUGCCAAGAACUUGUGGAUUUAAUCAAGAAAUCCGGACAUGUUGUCCUGCACACAGGAGCCGGUAUUAGUACCUCUGCAGGAAUACCUGAUUUCCGGGGACCCAAGGGAGUAUGGACACUUGAGGAAAAGGGCGAAAAACCGGACUUCAAUGUGUCCUUUGACGAGGCGAGGCCCACCAAAACGCACAUGGCCAUUAUAGCACUGCUGGAGAGUGGCUACGUGCAGUAUGUGGUGUCCCAGAACAUCGAUGGAUUGCACCUUAAAUCUGGACUGGACAGGAAAUUCCUCUCCGAACUGCAUGGCAAUAUUUACAUCGAGCAAUGUAAGAAGUGUCGUCGCCAGUUUGUGAGAUCCACUGCCGUGGAAACUGUGGGCCAGAAAUCGUUGGACCGUCCGUGCAAGUCUUCCCUGGAGAGUAAAGGACGCAGCUGCAGAUCGGGAAUACUAUACGACAACGUACUCGAUUGGGAGCAUGAUCUGCCGGAAAAGGAUCUUGAAAUGGGCCUGAUGCACUCCAGCAUCGCAGAUCUGAAUAUAGCCCUUGGAACCACUCUACAAAUCGUUCCAAGUGGGGAUCUUCCGCUGAAGAACCUAAAGCGCGGCGGUAAGUUAGUCAUUUGUAAUCUGCAGCCCACAAAACACGACAAAAAGGCCAACUUGAUCAUCUCCAGCUAUGUGGAUGUGGUAUUAUCCAAGGUCUGCAAGUUGCUGGGAGUUGAAAUCCCUGAAUACUCAGAGUCAACCGAUCCCACUAAGCUUCCAAGUCCGAAAGAGUGGACUAUACCCAUGAACGAUGUGAAUAACUUUCAUAAACAUUACAAGACUCGCGUGAAAGAGUCGAAAAUUGAGUCAAAGGCUAAGAAAACUAAGUACAUCUAGGGAGUAUAGCUAGAUAUAUUAAAGACCCUUUAAAAUUAUUUUAAACCCUUAACCAUAUCUAAUAGCACCCUUAAUUAGCUUAGAAAAAACGUUAUUCCUAAAAUGCAUAUUUAAUUUAUAUGUAAAUGUCUCGAAGUAUACAUAUUUAAGUGCUUAUUCAACUCAUGGACGUAAUGAA